ACAAACAUUGCAACUAUGAAUAACAAUAAUUAUUUUAAUUUUGAUUAUAAUUAUUAUGAAAAACAAUUAUCUCCUUUUGGUAAAAAAGUUUUGCAAACACUAAUUCAACAUUAUCAUAAAGAACAAGAUAGUUAUAAAAAUACUCCACUGAGAGAUAUUCCCGUUCAGAAGAAAAGGAUAUUACAGUUUAGGGACUCGCAUGCUAAUUUAUUAACGGGUAGUCCUAAAAUAAAUUCAGGAAAUGAAUGUAGUGGAAACGCGCAGUUUAACUUUACAACCACCGAAAACGCUUUAGGGUUAGAUGAUACACUAAACUCUGCGAAACUUUUAAUUACCAUUGAGAAUAACAAUGAUACUGCGGUGGCAGGCUGUUCUAUAGAAGAUUUACUCCAUACGGUUAACACGAACCAUGCUAAUGAAAAGCUAUGUGAUUUUGAUAAUAAUGUACCUCAUUUGAAUUUAGAAAUAAACAUACCACAGAAUAACAAAGAAGUUGUAAAAGAAGUGGAAACCAUAGCUUGGGAUGAUAUUUUUGAUACAGAAUUAUUUGUUUCGCAGAGAAACGAUGAACAAUGUGUAAUAUCACAAAGUCACGAAGACAGACCAUUUUUAUUUGAUUAUAUAAAUAAUAAUAGAGAUGAUUCUAAUGCAUUUAAUGUUUGUAACGAUACUGAAUUUGGCAAUAAACUAAAAACAAAACGUAAAAGACAAAUCAAAUCUACAGAUAAUCGACCAAAGAAACCGAAGAAAGCCAAAGAUAACGACAACGAUAUUUUGCGUAAGCAAAAAUAUACAAAAACUGUUAAAAAUUGGUUAAGUGAUAUUAAUACAAAAAAUCAUGAAGACGACGAAGCCAUUACUAACAACGAAUCUAACGUAGUGCAAUUAAAAUCCAAUGACAUUAUCAUAGAAAAAACAACUGCUAAAACUGUUAAAAAUAAAUCAAAGAAAAUAGUGCAAGCGCAACUUGCAAAUAAAGAUGGUGUAAUGAAAUUUCGUAAACCGAAGAACGACAUUAAUAAUGAUGGAAAAACAAUAGAAAAUAGUAAAGUCUUUAAUUCAGACAAACCAAAAGAGAAAAGAAAUAAGGCAAAAUUCGUUGCUCCGAUAAAGUCCCAAACUCCUGUGAAGGAUAUUACGUAUGAAGUUCAUUCUGUAAACGGCAGUGAUUUUAAACUAUAUAAUGAAGCAUUUAAAAUUGCAGAUCAAGAGCACGUUGUUGUUUUGGUUUACAGGAAUAAAUUCAGUCAGCUGAACAGUCAUUACACCGACGAUUCUUGCGACAUUGAUGGGCUCAUGGUUAAUGUUUAUGACGAAUUUUACUAUUUUAAUGAAAAUAUUGAAGGUACAAAGGAGAUCCUUACAAAUAUCUUAGAAGGCAAGGUAAUUUUUUACGAAGGUAAAGAUGUUAUAAAUUAUUUAGCAUCUGUGUUACAAAUCAAAAUUAAUCUACCCCGUAUUAUUGACGUGAAGAUAGGAAGCAGUUUACUAAACCCUGACGACCCUCCAGAUAACUUCUCAGAAGUCCAGAAGCUGUUGUCCUUCACGCCCCAGCACACGAUAGCAACAGAAUGUCCACUGCAGAAGACCGCGUGGUAUAUCACUUUGUUGAAACAGUGCGCCGUGAUUAUGACUGACAUGCUCAUCCAGAACUCAUUGUGGAACGUCUUCGUCAAUAUUGAAAUGCGUUUGCUGCCUGUUGUUGCAGCUAUGGAACGCCGAGGAGUGCAAGUGGAUUUAGAAAAGUUGAAAUCAAUGGAAAACAUUCUGGUCGAACAAAUGAAGUCAGUAGAACAAAGCUGCUACAAGGCGGCGGGAAGACCGUUUCAGAUAAACUCCCCGCUGCAGAUCAGGGCCAUACUGUAUGAUGAGUUGCAGCUAGACACCAAGUGCAACGUUAAGAUCCGGGAAACGCUGUGCAAGGGAGCGAAGUCCACCUCCGAGACCAUGCUUCGUAGCCUGGUGUCGGAGCAUCCGCUCCCCCGACUGAUCUUGGAGUACCGACAUCUCCACAAGGCGCACGCCACCUUCCUCGCCGGCAUCGCGCACCACGUCAAGGAUGGUGUCGUCAUGCCGACCUGGGUACAGACAGCAGCAGUGACUGGUCGCAUCGCUUCAAACAAUCCCAAUUUACAAGCUAUACCGAAAGCUCCAUUCAGCCCCGUUAUGUUCCUAGAAGAUAAUCAUGAAGAAAUUCCCUUGCUGAAAUUUCGGUCGGUAUACACUUCCCGUCUCGGCUACACGCUGGUUGCGGCGGAUUUUAAGCACGUAGAAUGCCGCGUGUUUGCUCAUGCUGCUGCCGAUACGAGUCUCUUAGAUGUUCUCAGGAGCAGACAGGAUCUCUUCAAAGUACUGGCUGCUAAAUGGCUAAAGAAGCCCGAGGCUGAAAUAUCCUCAGAAGACCGCGAGAGGACCAAGCGUAUAAUAUAUGCGAGCCUCUACGGCGCAGGCACUAGGAAACUUAUGGAUAUUCUAAAUAUCACUUACGACCAGACCUUGGCCAUCACCGCCAGCUUUAACAGGACUUUCCCCUCAUUAAAGUCAUUCGGACGUUCUGUGGUGACGCGAUGUGAACAGAAUGGAGGUCGAUUGUCGACGAUAUGCGGCCGAGCGCGGCAGUUCAAGAACAUAAGCAGCGAAGACUUCACGCUGCGCUCGCAGGCGGAGAGGCAGGCCGUUAACUUUGUAGUGCAAGGAUCAGCAGCAGAUCUGUGCAAGAUGGCGAUGAUAGAGGCAUAUGAACAGCUGGGGAAGUGUUGUCCAGCAGUCGAGGCGCACUUGCUGCUGCAAAUACAUGAUGAACUCAUCUGGGAAGUGAAGGAUGAACACGUAGAUGCUGUCAUUGUUAUAAUCAAACAAGUAAUGGAGAACUGCGGCCGCCUCUGUGGCAUGUCUGUGGAUUUACCUGUAGACCUUCACACUGGUAAGAACUGGGGAGAAAUGUCAGAAUAUAGCGUUAAGUAAGCAAUUAACUAAGAGAACAGUUAAUUACUAAAUGCAUUUUUUUUAUUUUGUAAUACAGACUAUGCCCUAAGCAAGUGCUUUUCAAUAGCAUUUAGAUUUACAAAUAUUUUAUGAAUGCAUGCCUGCAAUAAAAAUAAAACUGUUUUAA